UCUUCGUCGUUGUUCGUCACACUGAGGCUCAGUAGAGAAAAACCCUAAACAUUUACCGGCGAGAGAUGAGUCUCAUCCGUAACGCGAUCAGAUCGAGUUUCAGCCUCCGGACGUCGGAUCCGGUGAUCAGUCGUAACUCUCUCCCAUUUCUUCAGGAAUCGCGGAAAUGUCUAUCCACCACCGUCGCAGAGCAGCCUCCUUCCUCUCCGUCACCACCGCUGCCGGGAAGUUUUCCGGUUGACGGAAUAAAGAAGCCUGCGUCAGAAGGGAAGUUGUAUGGGAAGUUUUCAGGCUUCUCAAAACAUACGCUGAGGAGUGAUGUCAUGAACAUACUUGAAGGAUGCAAUGUGACAUCAGAUGAUCUCAAAUUCAGCUAUAUGCGUGGUGGAAACUUGAAUCCUGCUGGAGUUUAUGUGCAGUUCCCUUCCCGCUCCUCGUAUGAUAGUGCAAUGCGGGCGAUUGCCAAGAAGGGAAGGCUAUACAGAUUAGAAAGGGCUACUCAGUCUCAGUGGGAUCCCAUUGUUCCUUAUCAAGGCAAAGUGGUUGCGUUACAUGGGCUUCCGCCGAAUGCUAUAAUAGAAGACAUAGAUAGGUUCUUAUCCGGAUGUCUUUAUCAUCCUGGAUCCAUCCAGUUCCUCACCAUUCAAGGACUGGGGAGUCCUAAGAGGGUGGCACUGGUACGUUUCACAUCACAGACCCAGGCGAUGAAUGCAUACAUUACAAAGAAUAGGAACUUCCUUCUCAACCAACGAAUCACGUUGCAAGUUCUGCAGUAAUUUUCUUAGUUCCCUUUUCAUUCUCAUGGUGUAUUACAAUGGAAAGAAAUCCUGUGUCUUUCCUGUUUGGAUGGUCUAGAUCAAUUUGAUUCUCUGAGAUUUUAUCUGCAAACUCCAUGAUUCUGAAAUUACAGUUGUCCAUUUUUUUCUGGUUCGGUUUGAAGUUCACAAAUAAAAAACUUCUUGGUGU